AUGGGUAAUUGUUGGCGUAUUCCUGAAGAUUACUCCAGUCUUGUUGAUCUUCCCACUUCUCCGAUUACUCCGUCAUCGACAGAUUCUUUGUCAAAUUCUAAUUCAAGUUUUAUUCAUCCAGUCUCAGCAAUGUCUGAUACACGCAUACCAAAAUUAGUUAUAGCAAAUCGUUCAUCAACUGAUCUAAAUGCUAUCAAAGCUGCACAAUGUCGAAAUCUUGUUGAGCAUUUACCAUUAACUAAUUAUGACGAAAAAAUAAAUAAACAAACAGAAUGUGAUAUUUGUUUAGUGGAUUUUAUUGCUAACGAACAUGUACGGCAAUUACCAUGUGAUGGCGCACACGUAUUUCAUCCUCCAUGCAUAGAUACUUGGCUAGAAAAAAGUCUCACAUGUCCACAUUGUUCAAUAAAUGUCGAUGCAGCUUUACUACUCAAGUUCAUUCCAAAGUCAAACAAGAAUGAUGAUGAAGAUGGAUAG